AUGGAAAACAUAUACGACGAAGGAAAUCCGAACGAUCUCAAGCGCCCGACCCUGGGGAACAUCGAUCUUGGAACACGGAAAUUCUACACCGUGAAAGGGCAGGAUGGAAAGUUGAUUCGAAGGACGGAUCUCCUGGUCAGACCCAAAGUCGUCCUCGCUCAUACCCUCGAGGAGCUCGUACCGACGGUACCCCUGGUCCCAGCAAACUGUAAACUGUAA